AUGGCAAGCGUUCGUGACCUACAUAUGGAAAAGGGGUCUCGGGGAGCCUCCCCCCGCCUCAAGCCCCAGAGAUCGGGAGACCCCGGGCACCGGGAGACCUCCCGUAAGCGUUCGGAGCGGUCUGUCCAAACCUGCGCUCGGGUUUGCCAAGGGCCCGGCCGAGGGUCGUGGGUUCGAGGGGCGCGCUCACCUGCCGGCGCCCCGCCGACGCCCACCUGCGCGGCAGCGCGAAGGCCGGCUCGCUGCGGGCGGCCAAGAGAAGCAAGGUAUUCGUUUCGCGUGCUGCCACGGACGGCAGGACCACACACGCACCGAACCGCGUCUCCAGUUGCAGAGACUUUCCCGCCCGAGUUGCCUUCUGGCUUCUGGCUCGCCCCGGGCUCGCCGGGGCCGGGGCCGUGCCGUCCCUUCGCCGCAGACGCACCGGGCCCGGCCCGCCGGCGGGGCGCCCACUUACCCGGAGCCGGGCGCGCGGGCCGAGGGCGCCGCUCACGCGCGGGCUUUGUCUCCGGCGCGGUGCUCGCGGGGGGCGGCCAGAGCGCGCGGCAUCGCUCCUCGGCCGGGCGCGGGGCUGGGCGGGCGGGUGGGCUCCGGCUCCGGCUUCGGCUCCGCGCCCCGGCGCCCGCGCGCCUCGGCGCUCGCGGGCUCGCGGUGGAAAGGCGCGCCCCGCACCGCCCCCGGGGUCUCCGGGCCGCGUCAGCAGCCCCGCCCGGACAGGGGAGGUUGGGGGCGGGGGUGCAGGGGGGCGAGGCCGUGCCCCGCGCGCGAGGGAAGUCACCCAGACCCAAAGUACUUCGGCCCGCUCACACCCGCCGUGCGGGGCUCCCGGGGCGCGUCCGGGUGCGGUGGGGUGCGGAGCGCCAGACCCCUGGACCCCGGCCGCCCUCCCGGCACGGUGGUCACGCCCACUCCGCGGCAGGGUCUCGCCCGGCGCCCGGGAGGGGCCGGGAAAUCCCGCCCGCCGCCGCCGACGUCACUGUGACGAGGAACGAAGGGCCCGCCGAGGCAGCCCACCCUUUGGGGACUGAGGGCGAGCCGCGGGCAGCCCCCAUCCCGGCCGGCGGCCAGGAAGGCGGGAACGACUUCCCGGUGUUCGUGGAGAGCAGAAGCGGUUCCCGCGGGGAAAUCCAGGGCGACCCCUCGUUCCUUUUGAACUGCUGGAGUAUGCCCGUUUUAAAGAAAAGGAAGAGAGUCAGUGGUUCCAGAGUGGAUCCCAAGACCAGCAUCAAUGGCAUCACCUGGGAACUUGUUAGAAAUGCCAAUUGUCAGGACCCACCCCAGCCCUCCUGA